GAUGGCCGAGGGCCUGCUAAAACCCUAGGCAAUGCUCAGAGACCGGAGAGAAGUGCUCACAAGGAGAAUCCAUCUCUGUCCCUGUAUGAGCUAUUCCCACAAGGGAAGAUCAAGUUAGUAUCUCUGCCUUUCCCAGACCUGGUCAAGCCUCAAGCCAGACUGCUUUCCAGAAAGCUUCUGUCCCUGGCUUCAUGCAAGCCUACUGCAGCUUAUGCUGUGAGGCCACAUUCCCACUUGGCUCAGUCUCCCACACUCAAGCAAUCCCAACCAGCUCCUACCAGCAUAUCUGUGACAGCCUCUGACAAGACAGCUGUGCCGACUGCCACCACAUCAUCUCAUUCUUCACUGCAAGGGUAGCUUGUGUCUGCUGCCAGGAACAAGGUUCCAUCACCUCUCAAACCUCAAACCCAGUAUCUGCUGCAAGACACCAUCUGCCAUCCAAUUCCAUGGAGGGAAGUCAACAUUCCAGGGCCAGUCAUCUCACAGCCCAUCAC